UCCAUGUGAACUGAAAGCCGUAAAAUUCACAAAAAUGACGACUCCAACAGACCUCUCAGAUUACUCACCAUCCGCUACCAUAACCCCCUUCGACUGCCCGGUUCCCUUGCUCCGCGGACCGGUUCCGGCCAGUCCGUCCGACGACCCAUCGGCAGGUCCGUUCGUUCUUGCAUUCCGAGACUCUCGAGCCUGGAGAUCCGCCUUCAAAGCCUGCGAAUCCAAAAUCAUCGAGCAGUGCGAGGCCGGAGCAAGGAUCGGGUGUGCCGUCAGCGCAUCGAGCAAGUGUGGACCGCCCUGGUGGUGGGCUCUGAUUGGCCGAAGCCCUCCGAGCCUGGCGGAGAGGGAAGAGUGCGAAGAGCGUGAAAUGGCGGCCUGUGUUGCGGCUUCCAAGGAGAAGUGUGUGAAGUUUGCUAAGGACAAGUGUUUGGGUCCGUUCAGAGAUGCGAGAAUUGCGGUGAAUGGGAGGGAUUUGACGAGGAAGAAGAAGAGGGAAGCAGUGGAGUUGAUUUUUUGGGCUUCCAUGGGUGGGAGAAGAAAUUCAAUUGGAUUGGAGAAUUUGGGGUCUUGGGUUUUGUCGAAAUGCAAACUUGGAGAGACCAACUACAGGGGAAGUGAUUUACUGGAUACUCAAAAUGUUGAAAAUUCCUUGUGUUUGAGGUGAAUUGUUGGGAAAGAACAAGGGUUUUGUGGCGUUUUGGAUUUUUGUUUGAGGUGAAUUGUUGGUAAUGGAACAUGGGUUCUGUGGCAUUUGAUAUUUUUCAUUUUUUGGUUUUUUGUGGGGGUCAAGAAGUAGAGAAGAAUGAUUUCUUUCAGCUGGUUUGGGGGCAUUGGGGAUUGGUGAAUGAAAAGAAGGUGAUGAAGAAAGGGGAUUUCAGAGUUCAUUACUGGGUUUUAAGGACUGGUACAGUUGGAAUGAAAAAUUAUAGAGGAAGUGAUUUAGUAGGCUGUGAAAGCUGAGAAGGGGGUGGGGGCGGGUGUGUUCAAGGAGUAGAAAAGAAUGAUUCCUUUUAGCUGGUUGGGGGGCAUUGGGGAUUGGUGAGUGAAAGGAAGGUGAUGAAGAAAGGGAUUUCAUAGUUGAUUAUUGGGUUUUGUUGGAUGGGAUUAUGAGGUUUAGUUUUAAGUGGGGUUGUUGGAACUGUAUGGUUGGGGUGGCAAAUUAUAGAGGAAAUGAUUUAGUUGGCUGUUAUACUGGUGCUGUGUCUAAUGGGUUCUGUGGCAUUGGGUUUUUUUUCUUUCUUUCUCGUUCCUUUAUUUUUUUGGGGUCAAGAAGUGGAGAAGAAUGAUUGCUUUGGCUGGUUUGGGGGUAUUGAGGAUAGGUGAGUGAAAGGAAGGUGAUGAAGAAAGGGAUUUCAUAGUUGAUUAUUGGGUUUUGUUGGAUGGGAUUAUGAGGUUUAGUUUUAAGUGGGGUUCUUGGAACUGCAUGGUUGAGGUGACAAAUUAUAGAGGAAGUGAUCUAGUAGUUGGCUGUGAUACUAGUGCUGUGAAUGCUGAGAAUUCCUCUAAUGGGUUCUGUGGCAUUGGUUUUUUUUUUCUUUCUUUCUUGUUCCUUUAUUUUUUUGGGGUCAAGAAGUGGAGAAGAAUGAUUGCUUUGGCUGGUUUGGGGGCAUUGUGGAUGGGUGAGUGAAAGGAAGGUGAUGAAGAAAGGGAUUUCAUAGUUGAUUAUUGGGUUUUGUUUGAUAGAUUGUGAGAUUUAUUUUUAAGUGGGAUUCUUGGAAAUGUAUGGUUGGGGUGACAAAUCAUAGAGGAAGUGAUUUGGUAGGCUGUAAUACUAAUACUUUGAAUGCUGAGAAUUCUUCCAAUGGGAUCAAUGGCAAUGGGUCAAGGUCUGAAGUAUUGAGAAGUGGGGCAUAUGUAAUUUUGCAAUGGGUUCAAACUAUUAAAAUUUGGGUUGAAAGAAUGUUGAGGAAGACAUGGAUUUGGCAUUUGGGUUGUCUGGUACAAGAAUCAGUUCAUGAGAAUGGUUUCAAAGCUGGUUUUAUGCUUGAAGAAUUGAUGAACUAGGGCUUGUUGGUCUCUUAAACUCAGAGGUGUUGAAGUUUUUGGCAUCUUUCAUGAAGUUUUCUUCUGAAAUUAGCAUCAAAAUAGAAAAGAAAACAACCAGACUUAUCGAUAUUGGAUGACUGGAUAUGCAGUUUGAACAGCUCCAUCCCUUUGAUAGAAUCUUAAAUAUAGAAAUUUGGCAAAACCCCAUUAGUAUAGCAUUGUGGGACUCCUUGGGAUGAGGUAGAGCUUGCCAUUUCUUGGCUUAAGGAGUUGGAAAUAAUGAAUUUGUGGCUGGUUUGAUCCUUGAAGAUUGGUGAAUUUUUGGACUGAGAUCAGCUUGAGGAAGGAUGAUAGAUUGCUAGAAUGUUGGAAGAGAAUGUAAGGUAUGAUUUCUCUCCUACAAUUUAUGCUAUAGGCUUUCCAUUAA